GCGGUUCCGGCCGUUGGUGUGGCGGCUCCCGGCUCCCGAGGCGGGGGCGGCCGUCUCUGCCUCUCUCUUGUGAGCGCGCGGCCGAACAACCAUGAAGAUCACGCGGCAGAAGCACGCGAAGAAGCACCUCGGCUUCUUCCGCUACAACUUCGGCGUCCGGGAGCCGUACCAGCUGCUGCUGGACGGCACGUUCUGUCAGGCGGCGCUGCGGGGCCGCAUCCAGCUCCGCGAGCAGCUGCCCCGCUACCUCAUGGGGAAGACGCAGCUCUGCACCACCAGAUGUGUGUUAAAGGAAUUGGAAUCAUUGGGGAAGGAGUUAUAUGGUGCAAAACUAAUUGCACAAAGGUGUCAGCUUCGAAGUUGUUCCCAUUUCAAAGAUGCAGUCAGUGGUGCUGAAUGUCUGUUAUCCAUGAUUGAAGAUGGAAAUCCUCACCAUUUUUUCAUUGCAACACAGGACCAGAAUUUAUCUCUUCAAGUAAAGAAAACACCUGGAGUUCCUCUCUUGUUUAUCAUUCAGAAUACUGUUGUUUUGGACAAACCUUCUUCAAAAACAGUUACCUUUGUCAAAGCAACAGAAUCGGGGCAUCUUGUCUCUGUUCAUCAGAAACAGAGCAUCAAGAAACUCAAAGAAGAACAAGGUCUAGUAAAAACCCCUGAACAGAAGAAGAAGAGGAAACGCAAAGGGGUGAGUGGUCCCAAUCCUCUUAGCUGUCUGAAGAAAAAGAAGAAGGUACAAGAUUCAAACCAGUCUUCUGCCCCUGAAAAGAAAAGAAGGAAAAGAAUUCGUAACAGAAAUAGAACGAAAGCACUUUCCCGUGCCAUCAGUGAAACAGAAUGAAGAAGUAUAAUGCAACUCUAUGGAUUAAUUGAAUUGAAAAGUUUUUAGAGAUUGACUAAACUCUUUAUUUCUAAAGCAAAAUAAAUAAAGUUUAUGAUUUGUGUUAAUGUAUGAGAUGAAAAUUUAAAGACAUCUCCAUAAAUUUGCCUGGGCCUGUUGAUUGUUACCUGAAAAAUAAAAUCAAAGAGUGAACAAGAAUUGAAUACAAUAUAAAAUAUGACAGUUCUACCCCUGCCUCCCUUUCUCUUACCUCCUUGGCUCCCCAAGUCAUUCUUGUUAAGUUAUUAGUAUUUCCUUUGAUGCAUUGUUGCUUUGGAAUUAGCAGCUCUGAACCAGAUUGUGAGUUGGAAGUUCAAAACACAAAUAUGACUUUAAAAUGAAUAGGUAAUAGAGAUUUUACCUCAUGCUUGGUGCACCAGAUUAGUAAUAUUUAUACAUAUUAAAUUAAGUCAUUGUUCUUCCUUUCCUCUUAGAUUGGGAGCUGGGUUAAAUGACUGACUUUGGAAAAAUGAGAUGUCAGAUUUAAUAUGUGCAUAUUAUUAUUUUAUAUUGUUUUAUUGGUUUCCUCUAAAAAUAAUCUUAAAAUUUCAUAGUAUGAAAAUAUUUCAUAAUAAUUUUAUACAUAAUAGCACUCAAUUUCAAUAAUAGUUUUGUUUUUCCUAAAUUAGUUCAAAUGAUGCCUUUUCAUUGUAUGUCACUAUCAUCUCUGGAUUUACCUUUACCCUCAUCCUAUCCACCCUCAAAUUUAGCCCUUCCUUAUAUCAAACAAAAACAGUUAAGUGAUCAUAUCAGAUAACGUAUGCAACGUUCUGCCAUUGUGAUCCCCUUUUUCUCUGUCAGGAGGGGCAGAUUUCAUUGUAUGUUCACCUGGCUUGUUACUGGUUUCUGAAUUACUUAGAAAGGUCUUUGAUUUCUUUUUAGUGAUUUAUGCACUUAUGUUGUUAACAGUCAUGUUUAUUAUACUGAGUUUGCUUAUCUUAUUCUCCAUCAGUUCAUAUACAUAGUUCCAGAUUUCACUGGAUUUGUCAUUUCUUCACUAUGAUCAAUUAUAUUUAUGUGCCACAGUUUUUCAGCCAUUUCCUAAAUCAAUGGAUACCACUUUGUUUUAAAACAUGUUUUUGAUAUGUAUUUUAUUUGAUUUUUCACCUCCUGCUCAAGGAUGGAGUUGCUGGGUCAAAGCACCUAUGAGCCACUUAGUCACUUGUGUCACAUUUCCAACUUGUUUUCCAGAGCAGUUGGGCCAAUGCCAUUUUUCCCAUGCUUUGGAAUAUUAAUCAUUACCAUUUAUGUCUUAUCUGUCAAUUUGUAAGGUGUGAAGUGAAACCUCAGAAUUGUUUUAUUUUGCAUUUUUCAGUGAUUUAGAUCCUCUUUUCAGAAGGUUAUCAUUUGCAGUUUUGAAAACUUCAUAUUCUUUGAUCACUUGCCUAUCAGGGAAUGGCUCCUGGUCUUAUUUUUAGUAUCAAUUCCCUAUGUAUCCUGGAUCUUAGACUUUGGUUAUCGAUGAUAUCGGAUGCGAAGAUUUAGCCUGCUCAACAGUUUGACUUUUUAUUCAAUUUACAUUAAAAUUGUGCAAAAGCUUUUGAUUUUAAGUAAAUAACAGUUUACUUGUCUUUUAUCGAUUAUUCUCUCCCUUUUACUGAUUGUGAAAAAUUACUCAUGCUCAAUAUUUUUUUAAAAUGAUGUAAUCAUUUAUAUUCAACUCAUCCAUUUAGAGCUUGUUGUGAUAUAUAAUAUAAAAUGUUGCUCUAAUUUCUGCCAAAAUGCUUUUCAAUUUUUUAAGCUAUUUUCAGAUAAGAGUUCUUCCAAUGAUUUGUUCUUGGUGGGUCUAAUGGACCAGUCACAGUUUUAUUUACUUAACAUUUUUUUGCUACUCUCUUUAGAAGCUGAAAAAUGUUCCCAUCACCCAUUUUUACUUUAAAUUUGCUGAUAGCCUAGACUAUUAGGGGAGUGGGGAUGGAGAGGAAGAUGAUCUAACGAUCUUUUUCAUCAAGAACUGUCAAAGUGCCUGAGUCUGCCAUAAAUGUUUGAAAAAUGGCCCAGACUCCUUUUCCGUCUCUUAUUCAUACACUGAGUAUUUUUAAUACUUUAACACUAAAGUACCUUUAGGUAACGAAGAUGAGUGUCAAAUCAAACGUGUACCUUUUUUCUUGGUUUUGCAGACAAAUUGUGUUAGUUUGUUUCUUAAAGGUUAUCUCAAUCAGAGUUUGUCAGCCUUAAACUCAAAUGCAACUGUGGAAAAGCUAUAUUAUAUUAGAUGUGUCCCUCGUGGUUAGCACAGUGCUUGGUACAUAGCAGGUGCUUAAUACAUGUUUAUUGAAUGAAUAAAUGAAUUUUUGAGGAA